AUGGGACCAAUCAACAGGCAUAAGACCCGAAGGCGUUUUACAGAGGAACGAGGAGUUUACAUAUUCCCUGAAAACGCCCCUGGUAAGAAAUUAUUUGUCUGUCGGCCACUGCCAAAGCUGGAGCUGUUUGUUUAUGCGUUUAUUAUUGCGUGCACCAUCGCGUACAUGUGGUUUAAGGUCUACGAAGUCAGUUCUACUUAUCCGUGGAGAAGAUGCGCCUACAAUUUCCAAUGGAAAAAAAGCUGGCUGUUGGGUAAACGUCUGAAAGACGUUUCUGACCGCGGCUGGAGGGAAUGGCACAGCCUCGCUUGCAGAGUUCUUCCGUUCUAUCUACUUCACUUUGUGCUGUUCAAUUUCGGAUCAAAAUUUUUGCCUCACGCGGCUUGGUCCAUGACGGUGUUCAUUUUCUGGACAUGUGCCCUCUGCCACAUCUAUGGGUCAUCUGUGGUGUUUGUAACCGCCGUAUUCGGAGUCGCCUUGUACACAGUGGCGAAACUGUCGAGAAAUCCCACGUUCAUAUGGUCGCUGACGUUCGGCUUUCUUUACGGAAUCAUUGAGCACUCACAAACGCUGUUCGACCGCACAGACUCUACCGAAUGCGCCUCAGAAACGUUGUUCUGCGCAUAUGCGGCCGUUCACUUCAUCAGCUGUUGUAUGGACAGCAUUAAUUCGAAGCUGUUUGACAACGGUCACUUUGCCGAAGGUCUGUACGCAAUGUUCUGGUACUCCUUUUACCUACCUUACCACGUCGUACUCAUCGUACCCUUCAAAGACUUCACUCAGCAGCUAAACCAAAGAAAACAACUAAACACCAGAGGCCUUUGGUCUACAAUUCUCUUUGGUCUGCGGAUACUUGUCUGGUACUUCUUCCAUCUUCGCUUCGUGGUCACCUGCGGAAUGCACGCGUUCUUCGCUCGCCUGGACGCCAUGCAGCCCAUGGCCCUGCCGAUUUGUGUAUCGCGAGUUAUUCUCUACAGUAAGAUCUGGCGCAGCUUCGACCGGGGACUGUACCUGUUCUUCAAGCAGUACGUCAUUUACCCGAUAUGUGCGCCGACGUUCAGCGUCCCCCGACGUCUCUUGGCUAUGCUGGUGUGUUUUUCGUUCGUCCACGUGUGGCACGGACUGUCGCUCUCGACGUUCGUCUGGAUUUCCAUGAACAUCGUCGAAAUUCUACUGGAAAAUGUGUGCAAAGCCGUCUACACCGUUUCCUCAGUAAGGCGAUGGCGCGAAGACCACUUAUCCGAUGGCAUGUUUCGACGGAUGCUCGCAUUGGCUUACGUUGUCCCUUACUAUCUGUCGUUAUAUUCAAAUUUCUAUUUUCUCAGUUCAUCUCAAGCUGGCUUUAUUUACGUGAAAAAGAUUUUCUACGAAGAUACGUUGAAAAUGAAAUUUCCUUUCCUGCUGCUCACGUUUCUAGGGUACUGCUAUGGAAACCUAGUUAUGGAAGUCGAUGAUUAUUUGGAACGGAAAAACAAUCAAGCAAAAGGUCCGGAGAGGGACGACAGCCAGCAGCCUUUGAAAACAAUGAAAUGA